AUGAAUAAAUAAUUCAUCAUAUUAACAUUUUUGCUUGCCUUAGCAACAAGUCAAACUUACAGUAUAACAUCAUGCACAUGUGUACAGUUGUUAUCAGAAGCAGAUUGUAUAAAAAAUGUAUCACUUGGAUGUUCUUGGGAUAGCACAAAGAAAUCUUGUGCAGUUUCAACUACUCCAGUCACUCCAACAGUGACUUAUGCAACAUAUUGUGAAAGCUUUGCAGAAGCAGAUUGUCCAAAAGCUAAACCUUGUACAGAUUGUGGUAGUUAUGCUGCCUGUGCCUGGGUUGAAGGAAAAUGCUCACAUUUCACAGGAUGCACAGCCUUUUCAAAAACAACAGAUCCUGAAUGUUAAGCAAUAAGUAAUAGAUGUAUUACAGAUGGAACUCAUUGUGUUGAACUUGAUGCUUGUAGUACAUACAAGAAACAACUUCCUUGUGUCAAAAAUGCCUCAGGAAGAUUGUGUUAUUGGGAUACAACAAAUAAUACUUGUGUAGAUGCUAAUGCUUGUGAUAGAUUACCAAUUACAUUUGUUACAGAUAAAGAAUGUAGAGAUGUAAUAUCAACUUGUACUACAAAGACUGGAGGUGGAUGUGUUGAUAGUGGAAAUAAUUGUAGUGAUUAAACAUUAGAAAUUUAAUGUGUUUGGAAUAAAUUAAGAUCAAUGGCAUGUUAUUGGGAUGGAGCAGCAUGUAAAGAUAGAAUUUGUGACAAUGCACCAACAACAUUAACAACUGAUGAAACAUGUAAAACCUUUAGAACUGAUGGAACAUGUACAACUAAACCUAAUGGAGGAUGUAUUACUAGAACUACUUGUGCAGCUGCAACUAUCUAAGCUGCUUGUAUUAAAAAUAGUUCAGGUGGUGAUUGUUAUUGGACUGGAACUGCAUGUGUUGAUAAGAUAUGUACAAAUGCACCAACUACUAUGACAACUAAUUCUGCUUGUGCUGGAUUUGUAACAGGAUGAAUUACUAAAUCAGGUGGAGGUUGUGUAUCUAAUGGAGCUUGUUCAGCUGCAAAUGUCUAAGCAGCUUGUGUUAAAAACUCUUCAGGAACUGAUUGUAUUUGGGAUACAACAUGUAAAGAAAAGACUUGUGCUAAUGCACCAACAACUAAUAAUACUCACGAAUUGUGUACAUCAUAUUUACUAACAUGUACAGUUAAAGCAGGAGGUGGAUGUUAACCUAGAAGUUGUACAAACGCCCCAACAACAUUAACAACAAAUGAUGCAUGUGAAGCAUAUUUACCAAAUAAUAAUUGUAUAACAAAGACAGGAGGUGGAUGUGUAACAAAUACUACAUGUUCAUUAAUUACUUUAGAAGCUGCUUGUAUCAAAAAUUUUUAUGGAGCUACUUGUUUCUGGGAUACUUCAAGUUCAGGUUGCAAAGAUAAGAUUUGUACAAAUGCACCAUCAACUACUAAUACUCAUGAUUUAUGUGUUGCCUUUUUAUCAAAUUGUACAGUAAAUUCAACCAAUUCUGGUUGUGUAGAAAAAACAUGCGAAAAUUCUUUGGUAUAAACUAUUUGUGAUAAAGAUUUGAAUAACAAAGCUUGUAUUUGGAAAGGAAAAUGUUAUAAAAAAGAAUGUGUAUUAGCUUCAUCAACCACAGCAACUCAUCAAGAUUGUUAAACUUAUGAUUCUAGUUGUACUUUGAGUAAUACUGGUGCUGGAUGUGUUCCUAUUCCACUUAAAUGUGAAGCUAUUACUAUAGAAUCUGCUUGUAAUGUGAGAUUAUAAGUUACAAAUGGAGUUAGAUCAUACUAAGCAUGUGGUUGGAAUGGUUCGUAAUGUAUGGAUAAAGCUUGUUCAACUGCUCCUAGGUCAUCAUAAACAACUGAAGAAUGUAAUAAUUACAAAUCAGGUUGUGUUGCCAAUAAUCCAGUUAAUGGAUCAAUAUCAGGAUGUUAAGAUUUACCAACAACUUGUGCUGCUAGAAGAUCAAAUGAAAAUUGUUAAAUUUCAAGAAAUGGAUUGCCAACAUGUUUAUGGAAUACUGCUACAUCUGUAUGUGUUGAGAAGACUUGUGCAACUGCUAGUGUUGUAGGAUUACUAGGAUCACUAGAAACAAUUAAUUUUGAUAAUUGUUAAAGUUAUAUAUCAAUAUGUACUGCAACUAAUGCUGAUGGAUAAUGUACUAACACUUCAAGACCAUGCAUUUCAAACAAUGACUCAAAUGCUUGUGUGGUCAAACCAUCAAGCUGUUCAGGCUUAAAUUCUUCAAAUUGUAACAGAGGAUCAAAGGCAAAUGGUGAUUGUUAUUGGAAUGGUACUAAUUGUGUUGAUAGAAUUUGUACAAAUAUUUCAUUAAAUACUCAUAUUGGUUGUCAAGGUUAAUUAGAUAGAUGCACAGUUAACAAUAACGGAUCAGCUUGUUAAAAUUUAGCCACAGCUUGUACUUCUUACGGAUCAGCUGAAAAUUGUAAAAUUCUAUCAAAUGGAAAAAGUUGCAUAUGGACUGGAUCAGCUUGUAGAAAUGCAACUUGUGCUGAUGCAACGGAUAGUGAAUCCUUUGCUACUGAUGAUUAAUGUUAUCGUUAUCCAACACCUACUGAAACUUGCACAGUUAUAUUAAAAACAGCAGGAUUAGGAUGUGUGCCAAGAUUAGCUAAUUGUAGUGAUUAUCAGUCACAAGCUUAAUGUUAUAGAACUUUAACAGCCAGCGAAGAUGAUUGUACUUGGAAUUCCUAUUUUAACAAAUGUUUUUCUAAUUCAUAUCUCUCAGGUGCAUGCUCAACAUUCAGAGGAACAAAAACGUAUUGUGAAUAAUUGAAACCAGGUUGCACUAAUUUGGUAAAUGCUACUGAUACAGAUGCUUGUUCUUUCUCUUGUGCCCUUAUAACUGGAUUAUCAAGUCCAAAUAAUACUCAUGACUAUUGUUAAAGCGUUAGUAAUAAUUGUACUAUUAAUGCUGCUGGAGAUGCUUGCAGAUAAAUUUUAGCAUAUUGCUCUAGCUAUUUUACCGAAGCUGAUUGCACAUUAAACACAGGUGGCUAGAAAUGUUAUUGGUUUUCUGUAGGUGAACUUUGUUUUGACGUGUCUGCUUCUAAUUGCAAUCUUAUAGCUUCAUUAUCAAGUCCAAAUAAUACUCAUGACUAUUGUUCAAGUUAUAGUGCUGAGUGCACUAUUAAUGAUGCUGGAAAUGCAUGUAUUGCCUAUUUACAAAAUUGCAGUAGCUAUUAAGCAUAAAACAAUUGCAUAAAAAAAAAUAAUGGUAAGAGAUGUUUAUGGAAUUCAAAUUUAUCUCCUGCUGUUUGUUAAGACAUAUCAUCAGCAAAUUGUGAUGCUUUAUCCCCAUUGUCAAAUCCAAAUAAUACUCAUGAAUUUUGUUAAAGCUUUAGUGCUGAAUGCUAAAUUAAUGCUGAUAGUAAUGCUUGCAAAACAAUGGAAAUAUCAUGCGCUAGCUAUUUAACCUAAAGUAAUUGUGCAUUUAGAAGGAAUGGUGAUAGAUGUUAUUGGAAGGAAAGUACUACUACUUGUUUAGAUAUUACAUCAUCAAAUUGUGAAGAGGUUAUUUUAGACACAUAUAAGUUUCAUUAAAUUUGUUAAUUUUAUAGUAAAAGUUGUACUAUAAAAGCUGAUGAAACUACAUGCAGAGUAAUGUAAGUAAAUUGCAGUAGCUAUACAGUUUAAGCUGAUUGUACAUUAAAAAUUAAUCUUAAAAAGUGUUAUUGGAAUUAAAAUGCUUCUCCUGCUGCUUGUUAAGAUAUUACAUCAGCAAAUUGUAAUCUUCUUGCUUCUUUGGCAGAUCCAAAUAAUACUCAUAAUUUUUGUUAAAGCUAUAGUGAUGAAUGCACAAUUAAUUCUUCUGGAAAUGCAUGUGUCGCUCUUACAUGCGAAACAGCCCAAGUUGCAAAUCCAAGUUGGACUAACUGUCAAGCCUAUAAUAGUCAAUGCAGUGUGAAGAGAGAUGGAAGUGGUUGUAUUACAAUACAAGGACAAUGUUCAGGAUAUACAGGAACAAUGGCCAAUUGUUAUAGAUCAACUGCUGGAUUUUGUACUGCUGAUAGCAAUGAUUCUACUUGUCAAUCUAUAACAAAUACAACUACUUGUGAAGCAAUAAAAUUAGGAUCAUUUACUUUUAAUGACACAAUAUGCAAUUAAUUGAAACCUGGUUGUAUAGCACUACAAGACAAUUCAGGGUGUUAAGCCAAGACAUGUGCUAAUAAAACUGCACCAUUUACUCAUGCAGCUUGUAAUACUUGGUUACCUACUUGUACUGCCAAUUUAGUUACAUCACCAACUGCAUGCACAACGAUGCCAACCACAUGUGCGACUUUAAGUACAACAGCUUGCGUUUGGGCAGUUGAAGGUGCAUGUAUUGCCAUAGGAUCAUCUUGUGUCAGAAGGACUUGUGACACAGCUACCCCAGCUGCAAGCUUUACUACUAAUGCUCAAUGUACUGCUCAUCUUUCCACAUGCACAGUUGCAAGAGUAGGAGGUUGUUAACCUAGAGCUGCUUGUUCAACAUAUAAAUCUAGACAUUAAUGUAAAUUCAAUACAACUGGUGGUAGAUGUUUCUGGAAUGCAACAAAUUUGACUUGUGUUGAUUUCAGUUGCGGUAACAUUGAAUAAACAUCUUUAUAUGAUACACAUUCUAAAUGCGCUUUAGCUGAUUCAACAUGUACAGUUAGAGCUACUAAUGGAGCAGCUGUUCCUGGUUGUAUGGCUAGAGGAGGAUGUAGUUCUUAUUAAAUUGAGGAUUAAUGCAACAGAAAUGCCACUGGAGGUGUUUGUGUUUGGAACACAAAUUUAGCCUAAGCAGCAUGUUAAGAUAAAUCAUGCAGUACUGCCCCAACUGCAACAGCAACACAUGAUGAUUGUAAUACCUAUUUCUCGACCAACACAAUUAGAUGCACAGUAGUUGCUACACCAGAUGCAAAUGGUGGUGCACCAGUUCUAGGAGGCUGUCAAUAAACAGCAGCUUGUGCUAUUUACAUUCAUUAAGAAUAAUGUAAAUUCAAUGCUACUGGAGAUGCUUGUGGAUGGAAUGGUACUUAAUGUGCAGAUAAGUCAUGUGCUACUGCACCUGCAACUGCUGAUUAUGAUGAUAAUGAUAAAUGUAGAGCUUAUUUCAAUAAUAAAUGUACAGUUGCAGAAUCAGGAUAAGGAUGUGUUGAUAUACCAGAUACAUGUGAAACUAUGAUAGAAAAAUAAUGUGUUACUGAUAAAUCUGGUAGAUUAUGCUAUUGGAAUGGUACAGCUUGUAUUACAAGAUCUUGUGAUAAUGCUCCAGAAGCAACAGCUACUGCUGAUGAAUGUAACACUUAUUUGGCUGGAUGUACUUUAGAUUAAUUAGUAAAAUGUAAGACAAAAGUUUGUGAAGAUUUUGCUUUUGCCACUGAUGCCUUAUGUAGAUAAGCCGUAAGUACAUGUACCACAAAUGGCACAAAUUGUGUCACAAGAGGAACAUGCUUCUAAGCUAUGAGCUAAGCUGGUUGUGUUACUUCAGCAACAAAUCAAUAAUGUGAAUGGAUGCCAGCUGUAGGAAAUAAUUAAGCAUAUUGUACAAUAAAGACAUGUAAUACUGCUCCAAAUACUUUAACUUCUGAAGCAGCAUGUGCAGGUUAUUUCACUAAUUGUACUACAAAGAAUGGAGGUGGAUGUAUUACUAAAUCAACUUGUGCAGCUGUUACUAUUGAUGCUGCUUGUACAACUGCUCUUAAUGGAACUAUUUGUGCUUGGGAUAGUACAUAAAAUAGAUGCAGAGAUAAAGAUUGUUAAGAUUUUAGUGGAACUACUCAUGCUGCAUGUUAAGGUUAAAGAGCUGGAUGUACUGCUGGAGCUAAUGGAAAAUGUGCUAGAGUUUAAAAUUGUGAAUAAACUACAUUGAGAAGUGCAUGUAUUGAAGGAACAAAUGGCCCAUGUUUAUGGGUUAAUGACUUUGUUAACUCUGAUGGAUCUACAGGAGCUUGCUUCAGAUAUACUUCAUGCAAGAGUUUGAAUUGGAAUUCUGAUACAUAAUGUAAAUGGAUAAGUAAAUAAUGUACAACUAAUGGAUCUAAUUGUGUUGGUAUUACUUUAUGUUCUGAAACUAAUACUGAUGGUGGAUGUGUUACAGGAUAUGAUGGAGCUUGUAUAUAAUCAGUACCAGCUUUGAAUUCUUCUGAUCCAAAGGUUUGUAAACCAUAUACAUCUUGUGCUGAUGCUUUCUAUACAACUCAUUCAGAUUGUCAAAUUGCUAGUAGUAAAUGUACAACAAAUGGAACUACUGGUUGUAUUGCAUUAGGUGCUUGUUCAUCUUAUACUUCAUAAGCAGGAUGUUAUUUCAAUGAUAAAGGUGUUAUUUAUACAUCUGGAGUCAUAACUUCAACUGGUAUUUGUACAUGGGAUACAACAGCUAAUAGUUGCAGAGAUUAAUCAUGUGCUGAUUUGACUGGAACAAAUCAUGCAGCAUGUUCUUCAUAAUUAUCAACAUGUACAUCUGAUGGAACAACUUGUUUACUCAAAGGAGCAUGUUCAUCAUACACAACUUAAACUUCUUGUACAACUGCUGUUGGAUCUGAUGGUAUUUGCUAUUGGGAACUUGCAUCUGCUACAAAUAAUAACACAGCUAAAUGUAGAUUAUUAACUUGCCCUGAUAUUUAAAAUGGUACAGCCACUAAUGUUUGUUCAGUAGCUUUGUCAUCAUGUGUUUCAGAUGGAACAGUUUGUAUUACAAAAGCUAAUUGCUCAGCCUAUAAAACUAAGACAGCAUGUAAUUCAGGUGGAUUAGAUGGUAUUUGUGUAUUCACUUAAUCAACUGCUACAGGAGCUGUUGCUGGUACUGGAACUUGUGCAUUAAUGACAGCAUGUACCACUGCUAAUAAUGAUUAAGUUGCUUGUUAAUAAGCUAGAGAUAGAUGUUCAUGGACUGCAGCAUCAGGAACUGGUGCAACUGCUGUUGCUAGUAAAUGUACUACACAUACUUGUGCUACCAAUUAAGCUACAAAUGGAGCUUGUACAAGAUUCUUAAAUUGGGAUAGAAAGACUUAAUAAGUUUGUACACUUGUUAGUGGAACAUGUACAGCAACAGACCCAUCAACUUUAUCAUCAAAUGAUUGUUUCUUGGUUUCUGGAUAUACAUAUACAUGGAAUGCAUCAACAAGCAAAUGUGGAGUUUGCACUGCACCUGUUGUUUAACCAAAUACUACAGUAAAUAACACCAAUAAUUAAACAAAAACAACAGAUUCAGGAUACAUUCUUGGAUUAUCAACAAUCAUUUUUGGAUAUCUCAUUUUCUGA